AUGAAGGCUGAUGGCCUAACGGACACGAUAACCUUCAUGAUCGACACCGGGGCCGCGCCAAAUUUAAUAAAAAAGGGAACACUAACUCGAAAUAACGAAAUAGAUCCCAUCGACACGCUACUCUUAAAAGGGAUCACCGCGGGAAGCAUCCCCACUCUGGGGUCUAUUACUAUUAAAUACAUGGGUUUCCCUAUUAAACUCCAUGUAAUCAACGACGAUUUCCCAAUCGCACAGGAAGGAAUCCUAGGAUCCGCCUUCCUAAAGGACGCGGGGUCCAUCGACUUCAAAAACCAAAUUCUCACGUGGCAAGGAGUGCCCAUUCCUCUUUCGAAUAAUACGUUGGUUACCGUACCGGCGAGAACGCGCGGGGUAUUGCCGCUUAAAAUCCUAAACCCAAGCCCUAGGGAAGGGUAUAUCCCUCGAAUUACAAUUCGCGACGACGUGUUCCUAGGAGACGCCGUCGUGUCAAAUCGAAACGGUUUAGCGUAUGUAGGAAUCGUAAACGCCGGAGAAACGGAAUGCAAACUCCCUAUUCCUACGGUCGAACUAGAGGAAGUAGAGAUAUUAACCGGAGACCCCUCGACGUCGCGUCAACCGGAACUCGGGGGCUCCCCGGCCAGAGAUAAAGGGAUCCAACGCGCACGCACGCCUACCCUAGGGACUGACGUGCCUGCGCCUCGCCACAAAACAAAACAGCCCUUUGUCUCCCAAGCGAAUACGCCCGAACGCCUAGGCCUUCCAGGCGAACCUCGCGACACACAACACAUGCUCUCAAGCACAGCGGUCGAUGAUGCAACAGACACGUAUAAACAAAGAGACACUCGACGCUCGAGGCUCCUAAACCUGCUGCGCCUUGACCAUUUGAACGAGCCCGAAGUAAAAAACGUAAAAGAACUACUGAACGAAUUCAGCGACUUGUUCCACCUACCCGACGAACAACUACAAUGUACCUCAGCGACCAAACAUCGAAUAACUACCACCGACAACACUCCAAUUAACACCAAACAGUAUAGAUAUCCGCCAAUACACAAGGAGGAAAUUGAUAAACAAAUUCAAGAUUUGCUAAAAAACAAGGUUAUCAAACCUUCGAACUCACCAUACAACUCCCCCUUGUGGAUUGUGCCCAAAAAGGCCGACACCCAAGGUAACAAGCGUUGGCGAAUGGUAAUAGACUAUAGAGCGCUAAACGAAAAAACCGUGGGAGACGCGUAUCCGCUCCCCAACAUAACCGAAAUACUCGACCAACUCGGCAGCGCGAAAUAUUUCAGUAUAUUCGACCUCGCUUCAGGCUUCCAUCAGAUCGCGAUGCAUGAGGACGAUGCGCCAAAAACAGCCUUUUCCACGCCCCAUGGGCACUAUCAAUUCAAUAGAAUGCCAUUCGGUCUGAAAAACGCGCCAGCUACCUUUCAACGCCUCAUGGAUCAAGUUCUGACCGGCCUGCAAGGAACCGAACUGUUCGUCUACCUCGACGACAUUGUUAUAUACGCGAGCUCACUCGAAGAGCACUCAGCCAAGUUUGCGAAGCUAGCACAACGCUUACGCGUCGCGAAUCUUCAUCUACAACCGGACAAAUGCGAGUUCCUGCGAAAGGAGGUAUCCUAUCUCGGACACGUAAUAGGGGAAAACGGGGUAAAGCCCGACCCUAAGAAAAUUAUCGCGGUUAAAGACUUCCCACGGCCAAGAAACGCGAAAAACAUAAAACAAUUCUUAGGCCUAGCCGGUUACUACCGGCGCUUCAUACAAAAUUUCUCCAAAAUAGCUAGACCACUAACAUCCCUGUUGAAAAAAGACGCCAAAUUCACGUGGAACGAGCUACAAGAACACGCAUUUGUCUCGCUCCGCAACUCGUUAUGCACGGAGCCGAUCUUACAAUACCCGGACUUUACUAGACCGUUCGUCGUCACCACGGAUGCGUCCGGAUAUGCGAUAGGCGGUAUAAUCAGUCAGGGACAGAUAGGCAAAGAUCUCCCCAUCGCAUACGCCUCUCGACUCUUAAACGCAGCGGAACAAAAUUACUCGACAAUCGAGAAGGAACUCUUAGCCAUAGUGUACUGUGUACAACAUUUCCGUCCCUACCUCUACGGUCGCAAAUUCAACCUGGUCACGGACCACAGACCACUAGUGUGGCUGCAUUCUGUGAAAGAUCCGAGCUCGAGAUUAGUCCGUUGGCGAUUAAAACUUCUCGAAUACGAGUACGAAGUCACAUACAAAGCAGGUAAAGUUAAUGCUAACGCAGACGCCUUGUCCAGGAACCCCGCCGAAAUACGCCUAUUCCCCCUCGCCCCUGAACUUGACGUCUCCAGUUCCGAUGAAUCCAUCUUUUCCCCGCGACCCGACCAACAACGACGAGAAGAGAAUUCGCGAGACCAACCGCCAGACGCACACGACCCCGACGAUCACCACGACGAUCACCCCGACGACUCAGAAACCGACACCGAUGACAGCAGUACAACAGACAGCGCGUCCAGCCCAGAAACCGAGAUAUUCGAUCAAGUAAAUGAACCAUACGUACUGCGUAACGAAAAUAUAACCGAGAUCAAAGACAAUUUCCUAUUGCGAAAGGACCACAAGGCCGUAUUCGUCACCCAAAAGGGCGACCCCUGCGAUAAAGGAGCUAGACUGCUCCAGGAACAUGACUUGCUACCUGCGUUACGCAGCCAAACACUGGGAAGAGCGAGUGUAACGACGGAGAAGGAACCAAAAAUCAUAUCCCUGGUGAUCAAAGAGCGUAAAAUCACGCAACUAGACAUAGAGAUCCUUCGCGAGGCCAUACAAUCCCUACGAGAUGUCUGUCAAGAGCUUCAACUCAACUCCGUGUCACUAUGCAAGGGCGACUUAGAAAACGUACCUUCCGACACCAUCCGCAACCUGCUGCAACAAACAUUUGAGGGCGACCCGACCAAAAUCCUCCUAUGCAACAACCAAAUUCAAGUACCACCCCCGGGAGAUAGGAGAAGGAUUCUAGAGGAAUGCCAUUCCAGCAUGAUCGGAGGACACAAAGGAGUGACAAAGACGUACUUGCGCAUCAAGGAAAAAUAUCAAUGGCCCAAUUUGAAGGAAGAAAUACAGGAAUUCAUCCGCAACUGCAGAAGUUGCCAAUUAAAGAAACUAGUAAGAGUAAAAACAAAGCAGCCCAUGGUCAUCACGGACACCCCAAAGGAAGCGUUCGAGAAAAUCUCAAUGGAUAUCAUGGGCCCACUCCCCACCACUUCCUCCGGCAAUUCCUACAUCCUCACAAUACAAGACCUACUAACCAAACACUCCACCGCCAUCGCGCUGAGACAAGCCUCCGCGUUAGACGUAGCAGACGCGUUCGUAAACAAUUUCAUCUGCCUAUACGGCGCACCAAAAGCAGUUCUAACCGACCAAGGCUCUCACUUCAUUAACAGCCUCAUCAAGGCUGUGGCCCGAAAAUUUAAGAUCAACCAGUGCAAGACUACCGCGUACCACCCACAAUCAAACGGGUUCAUAGAACGCAGCCACCACGUCUUGUGGGAAUAUCUGAAGCAAUACACCAAUACGCAACACGAAUGGGACGAAUUCCUUAAUCUCGCAAUGUUCUCGUAUAACUCAAGCGUGCACGAAGGGACCUCCUAUAGGCCACACGAGCUAGUCUUCGGGAAAAGUGUGCGAACACCGUCUAGCGACCCACCUAUCGAGGAUAACUUAAGCGAAACAUACAAGGAUUACUUAACUACGCUGUUCAAUCGCCUAAAAACCACACAGGAACUCGCUCGCGAGAAUCUCUGCGGAGCCAAGGCCCGUAGCAAACGCUACUAUGAUCGAAACUUAAACCCUCAGAACUUCAGAGUAGGAAGCUGCGUGUACUUACUAAAAGAACCCAGCAAGGGUAAGCUAGGAGACCAAUACUCGGGCCCAUACCGAGUACUAGAAGUAUUACGAAAUAAUAACAUACGCAUUAGUAUAAGCGAAAACCAGACGAAAAUCGUCCAUAGUAAUAAGUUGCGUCUAGAUAAGGCCAAAGGCCCCCCUCUCCGACCAUAG